GAUUCAGCCCGUGUAGUGUUGUAAAAGUCAGCUUUCGGUUCGGAAGCUGCAUGUUUCUUGUGUUUGCCCGCUGCUCGUCGUAAUUUUUGUCGGUUGUGUUUCGCUGCGUUACCCGUGUGCCGUUGCGCGAGCGUCAGUUCAGUGCGCCACCGCGGGGCGAGACCAAAUUCCAGCCAAUCGGCGUCUCUGUCCGUUUCAUCGGCUGCCAAAACCCAGCCCACCAGGUCGCAGCCUACUUGCUGCGCUUCUACGUCCGCGACAAAAUACCAGCGCGCUCCUGGGUGGCUUCACAUACGCGAACCUUUUGCAUUUUUCCUGCUGCCUGGUGACAAAUGACAGAACGCAGCAGCGCAAGGUAACCUUUCCCGUGUAUAGUGCACGGCCUGCUGCUUUGCAAUUGUCACCACAGGCACAGGCGACCCAGGCAGCAACCCGUAUCAUUCUGCAUCAUCAUGUCACGCUGUUGCGCGCUAUCGCUGCAAAUAAAGGGAAAACUAGCAAAAAGUAACAAGUUCUAAAUGUAAAGCAAGUGCAUCAAAGAGGCCUUGGGGGCGAACGAGAACACGGCGAAGACGACGACGACGACGACGACGACGCUGUGUUGUGUGGUGGAGAGUGUGUCAACAAGUGGUACUUAAUGCUUAUACACAAAUAGGUACGGCUUGGCCGAAUAACAAACAAACGGGGAAAGGCUGCUGUGCCUAAUCUCUUCCGGACGGGAGGGGUGGUGCUGUAUGUGUGCGCACACACAACGGGUUAGCAAAACAACGUACGACUCAUCAAUGUAAAAAGGAAAGAAUAAACAGAGCGGACACACGGACACCAGCACACACAUACACAAACAAACACCCACGUACACACAAGAGCAGCCAGAUGGAGAUGGAAUCAUCGAGCAAAACCAUGGACGACGCUCGUCGGAAGCGGCUGAUGGAGUUGGAGCAGAAGAUUCGCGAUCCGUCUGGCAUCGCGAAUAUCGACUGCCUGCUGGACGCGGUCACCGCGCUCGUGGCCGAUUGCGAUCACGACACUGUAAAUAUAAUAAAAAACAUAGAAAUUUUCAUCGGACGAUACAAAGACUUCGCGCAGGACAUCGUCAACCUGCGCAUGAGGCCGGACGAUUUCACCUCGAUCAAGCUGAUCGGACACGGUGCAUUCGGCGAGGUGCACCUCGUGCGGCACAAGAGCUCCAAGCAGGUGUACGCGAUGAAGCGCCUGUCGAAGCUGGACAUGCUGACGCGCCAUGAUACCGCCUUCUUCUGGGAGGAGCGGUACAUUAUGGCGCACGCGAACUCGGAGUGGAUCGUGCAGCUGCACUUUGCCUUCCAGGACACCAAGUACCUGUACAUGGUGAUGGACUACAUGCCGGGCGGCGACAUCGUCUGCCUGAUGAACAUGUACGAGAUCCCGGAGAAGUGGGCGGUAUUCUACACGAUGGAGGUGGUGAUGGCGCUCGACACGAUCCACAACAUGGGCUUCAUCCACCGGGACGUGAAGCCGGACAACAUGCUGCUGGACAAACACGGCCACCUGAAGCUGGCCGACUUCGGUACCUGCAUGCGCAUCGGUGAGGACGGGCUGGUGCACUCGUCGAACGCGGUCGGCACGCCCGACUACAUCAGCCCGGAGGUGCUGCAGUUCCAGGGUGCUCAGGGUGGAUACGGGCGCGAAUGCGACUGGUGGUCGGUCGGCGUCUUCCUGUACGAGAUACUGAUCGGCGAGACACCCUUCUACUCGGAGGGGCUGGUGGGGACGUACGCGAAGAUCAUGGACCACAAGAACAGCCUGCAGUUCCCGGAGGACGUGCCGAUCAGCGAAAGCGCCAAGUCGAUCAUCAAGGGCUUCCUCACCGACCAAACGGUGCGCCUCGGUCGCAACAACGUCGACGAGAUCAAGUCGCACCCGUUCUUCAAGAACGACACCUGGACGUUCGAGAACGUGCGCCAGUCGGUGCCGCCAGUCGUACCGGAGCUCAGCAGCGACGACGAUACGCGCAACUUCGAAGAAGUCGAACGCAAGGCCACCGUCGACGUGCAAAUCCCAAAGCCAAAAAUCUUCUCCGGCUUCCACCUGCCGUUCAUCGGUUUCACGUACACCAGCGACUAUCAGCUGCUGAGCGGGGCGUCCGCUGGUGCCGCCGCCGCACAGGAGGAUGCUACCGACCACAACGACCACCAGGGCGCCCGCGCCCAGCAUCGCCACCGGCCGUCGAACAACGCCGAGCUGCAGCGGCUGGAGAACAUGCUGCAGCGUGAGCGGAACGCGGUCGAGACGCUCGAGCGCCAGGAGCGGACGCUCCGGCAGCAGAUCGAGCUGAUCACGAAGCGCGAGUCGGACAUCCAGACGCUCGCGAACGAGUACGAGCGCGAGCUGACGAUGCUGAAGCACAACUACCGCGAGCUGCAGCGUAAGGCCGACGGCGAGCAGGAGACGCGCAAGAAGCUCGAGGGCCUGCUGCACGAGACGAAGCAGCAGCUGCAGGACGAGCGCAGCAAGCGCACGCGCGAAAUGAGCAACCUGCAGCAGUACAACGAUCGCAUCAACGCGCUAGAGAAGCAGCUCGCCGACGUGCAGGAGAAGUACAAGGCGGAGGUCGAGGGUGCGCAGAAGAGCAAGAAGCAGAUCGCCGAGCUGCGGAUGGUGGCGAGCAAUGCGGAGCAGCGGACGCUCGAGCUGCACUCGGUCAUGAACGGGCUGCAGACGAUGCGCGACAUGCUGCAGCAGGAGGUGGCAGACCUGCAGAGCCAGCUGGCGCAGGAGCGCAAGACGCGCCUGAACCGCCUCGAGCUGCAGAAAGAGCUCGAGGUGAAGAUUCAGUCUAUGUGCGGCGAUAUGGAGCGGAUGGCUGUGCGUGAGCAGCAGGUCUUCGCCGACAAUCAGACGCUCACGGAUCGCAUCUCCAAGCUGGAGAAGGAGAACGCUUCGUUCGAGUGCGAGUUGAAGGCGCUCAUGAAUCGCUAUCAGCAGGAGGUGAAGGCCCACCAGGAGACGACCAAAUCGCGCCAGCUCAACAACGAGGAGACCAACAUGCAGGAGGUGAAAGCCUUGCAAAGCAAACUCGCGGAGGAGAAGGUAAAUCGCCAGAAAGCGGAGCAGAACUCGCAGGAGAAAGAAAUCCAGCUGUCUAUGCUCUCGGUGGACUAUCGCCAAAUCCAGCAGCGGUUGCAGAAGCUGGAGGGUGAAUUUAGACAGGAAUCCGAAAAGGUGCUCGCCUUGCACAGCCAGCUGGAGCAGGAGCAGAGCAAGAAGAACAGCCUGCUGUCGGAAAUAAGCCUGCAAAGCUCGGAGGUGGCCCACCUGAAGGCAAAGGAGGUGCAGCUCAUGAAGGAGGUGCAGCAGCUGCGCGACACGCGCAAGAAGCUGGAAGAGGACGUGACGAAUGUGAAGAAAAAUCACAGCAUCAAUAUUCUUCAGAUGAAAGAAAUGCAGGAUCAGCUGGAAGCGGAGCAGUACUUCUCCAAGUUGUACAAAACGCAGUGCAACGAGAUCCGCGAGGAGAUGAAAGAGCGCGUACGACAGCUGCAGAAGCUGGAGGAGGAACGCGGCACCAUACUGCACCAGCUGCAGCUGGCGAACGUGCGAGCCGAGGCGGAGGCGCUGUCCCGCUCGAUCGCACUCGAAACGGUCACCGAUCUCGAGAAGGAGAAGACGAUGAAGGAGCUUGAGCUCAAGGACCUGCUGACCAAGCACCGCAACGAGAUGAUGGCCAAAGAUGCGGCCCUCGCGUCGCUGAAGGACGUCGAGGCGGAGCUGAACAAGAACCUCAACAACAAGGCGUACGAGCUGGACGAUCUGGCGCAGCAGAACAAGAAGCUGCAGGAGGAGAUGUACCGGUUGAAGCUGGAGGUCGGCGAGCUGGACAAGUGUCGCGCGAAGCUGCUGAAUGAAACCAUCCUGAAGCAGCAGGCCGUCAACAAGCUGGCGGAGAUCAUGAACCGCAAAGACAACAACCUCACCAGCAAGCAGAAGAUGAAGGUUAACUCGACGGCGGAGGUGCGCAAGAAGGAGAAGGAAAACAAGCGCCUGCAGCAGGAGCUGACGGUCGAGCGGGCCAAGUACGACGAGCUGUGUCAGAAGCAUAACGAAACGAUCAGUCAGCUAUCUCGUGAGAUCGACAUCAAAACCAAACUGCAGAUGGAAAUCGACUGCAAGGCGACGGAAAUCGAACAUCUGCAGAUGAAGCUGAUCGAGACCGCCUCACUGUCGUCGGUCGACAACGACAUGAUGGAGGAGAACCAGGACUCGAUCUUCGAGGGCUGGCUGAGCGUGCCGACCAAGCAGAACAUCAAGCGGUACGGCUGGAAGCGCCAGUUUGUGGUCGUCUCGCCGAAGCGCAUCAUCUUCUACAAUUCCGAGCAGGAUAAACAAAACACUAGCGAUCCCUUGCUGAUCAUUGAUCUAAGCAAGGUGUUCCACGUACGCCCGGUAACACAAGGAGACGUAAUUCGGGCCGAUCCCAAAGAAAUUCCGCGCAUCUUCCAGCUGCUGUACGCCGGCGAGGGUGAAGCUCGCCGCCCCGACGAGCAGCAGCAGCUCGACAUCAACCCAUCCCGCAGUGAGGAAAAACCGUUGACGCUACAAUAUAAAGGCCAUGAGUUCCUACACAUCAGUUACCAUAUUCCCACCACAUGUGAUCUUCCGUCGUGCCAGAAGGCCCUCUGGCACAUGUUCAAGUCGCUGCCGGCCUACGAGUGCAAGCGUUGUCGCUUCAAGCUGCACAAGGAGCAUGUCGACAACAACAACCCGCUCGCACCGUGCAAGCUGCACCACGAUCCAAACCACGCCCGCGAAAUGCUGCUGCUCGCGACCUCCACCGAGGACCAGUGCCGCUGGGUGAACCGGUUGUCCAAGCGCAUCCAAAAGAGCGGCUACAAGGCGAACAGCUCCUCCACCAGCUCGACCACGCUCGCCAGCGGCGGCAACACCAGUGCCACGGCCGACUCGACCAAGGGCAUGCCGCGGUCCACGAUGCCAAGCCAGUCCACUCGGUCGAAUUUUAAGCCGAGUUCCGCCGCGAACGUUCAACGGUCCGCAACCCUGCCGACCAACGCAUCGCUGAAGCAACAGCCGCAACCCUAACCCUUGCCGCGGACCGGGUCCUUACGGGGGGAAGUUCGUGGUGGUGGUGGUGGAUGUAUCUUCUCUCUUUACUCGCUGCGCCCCCUCGCCCGUCCGGGCUGGAACUUCUUCAUCUUUAUUCAUCUAUUUCAUUUCACUCACCUGCUCAACCACAAUCAAUUUCACACUCCCCGAAGAAAAUAGAAAAAGAAAACGUCGAGUGUCGCAUUUGGCGCGUCAAGCUGCCAAGGCUGGGUAGACCACUGCUGGCUGGCUGCGCUGUUCUAAUCCAGCUGGGACCAUACAACGUUACAAGAACGUUACCACCUCGCGACUACAGCCCUCCCGUUCAGAUUCCGUUUAGUUAGGUAGAUUUCUGUUUUACGAAUUAUCUGGCGGUAGAAGCGUAAGCUUUCUUUCGAAUUUGUCAACCGUUGUCAAGUAUUCACUUUGCGAUUCGUUGACGCAAACCGCACGGUAGUAGUAGAAGAAGUCUAGUUUAGAUCAGGCACUUAUUCGAUUUUACUACUUGUGUCGUUCUUACCGCUUCGAGCACGGUCCUGGGGGCGCUACAACACCAACACCCGUUGUACGCCUCAGGGUUUUGUGUGUUGUCUGUUUAUCAAGUGCAUUAUCGAGAAUGUACGAAUUUUCUCCAUUCGAAUGCGCCGAUUAGAUAAACCGACGCGGUAUAUUUUUCUCUUACAUUUUAUUUCACGAACAUGCACCAUUAUUUAUGCAUACCUUUAUGACAGGAAACCAGCGCAUAACCGUUCGAAACAUUUGUAGUGAGCGAAGGGGAGGUAACACAAUACGCAUAUCAAUUCUUCUACGAAAGGAAGAAACAUUAGGAAGGUUUGGCAGGUUUCGAGCGCAAGCAAAGAGAACUUUAAGGAGGUGCGUCUAUUUAGAAGGUUUGAACGAACAACACAUGGUUUUAUCUUACGCAUUGUCAUUGUCGAGAGCAUACGAAUUCGCUCCAUCCGAAUGGCUUAACUUUCUCUUACUUUUUAAUUCGCGAACGUGCACUAUUAUUUGUGCAUACAUUUAUUUAAAUUUUCAAUCAAAUUAUUCAAUUAAUUCGAAGCAUUAGAAGUCGCAGUAUAGGGAGUCGAAAAUCAGUAGAAAAUUAGAACGUCUUUACAACCGUUGCCGCAGCCAGCAGUGGUCCCAGCCGGACGAAGGUGAGAUGAUUCGAGCCAAAACACACACACGAGAAUUGUUAGCGUGCGACUGAAAACGAUUGGCUAUUACAUUUUUACUGCGCUCUUUAAUCCAUUUCUGUUCAAGCGCUGCCAAAGAGACAGGCUUACAAACGAUAACAAAACAUGAAACAUUCGCUGUAGAUUAUAGCAACCGAUGUACUUCGUUUUCCAUCAACUAUAGUUGUGUUAUUUAUAUACUUUCAUCAAAACAAACCUUGUAUGUGAUCAUCGUAAACAACAUUUCCA